AUGGCGCCCAGCCCGGACUCUCUGAAAAAAGUCUCGAGCACCGACAAUGCUCAUGGCGAGCACGUCGAGGACUCCAUCGACAACGUCGAGAUCAGCCUCAACCCCGCCGAAGAUGUAUCAUACGGCCGGACCGGCUUCCGUGGUCUCGCCGACUCACCUUACGUCGGCGGCGCCGCCCUGUUGGCUUCCCUCGGCGGCUUCUCUUUCGGAUACGACCAAGGAGUCAUUUCCAUCAUCAACGUCAUGGACCAGUUCCAUACUGUCUUCCCUCAGGCUGCCACACCCUUUGGUAAAGGUUUCAUGACGGGCAUGCUCGAGUUCGGCGCCUUCCUCGGAUGCUUGUUUAUGCCCACGCUUGCGGACAAAAUCUCCCGCAAGAGGGCGCUCGCGGUUGUCGUGGUUAUCUUCAACGUCGGUGCCAUUAUGCAGACUGCGUCCCGCUCAUAUGGCGUCUUGGUCGCCGGCCGAACCAUUGGAGGCAUUGGAGUUGGAACCCUGGCUAUGGGCUCACCAAUUUACAUCUCUGAAAUUGCUCCGCCAAAUCUGCGAGGCACUCUGCUCGUCCUCGAAUCCAUCUCUAUCGUUCUUGGCGUGGUCAUUUCAUUCUUCAUCACCUAUGGAACCCGCCACAUGGCCGGCGAGGCCUCUUUCCGUCUCCCAUUGGGAUUGCAGAUGGUUUGCUCAACUCUACUCGGCAUUGGCAUCUUCUUCUAUCCAUACUCCCCGCGUUGGCUCGCACUCGUCAACAGGCCUCAGGAUGCCCUACAGUCCCUCGUGCGCCUCCGCCGACUGCCUGCCGACGACCCUCGCGUUCAGGCUGAACACAGGGGCAUCAUCACCGAGGUCGAAGUGCAGAAGAUCAUGCAGGAGAAGCACCACCCUGGUAAGAAGGGCCUGAUGCUCGAAGUUGCAGGCUGGUUGGACCUCUUUUCCCCAAAGCUUUGGCGCCGCACUGCUGUCGCCGUUGGCAUUGCAUUCUUCCAACAGUUCAGCGGUAUCAACGCCUUCAUCUACUACGCCCCUACGCUGUUCCAGUCUCUUGGCCAAACUGCGGAGAUGGCCCUUGUCAUGUCGGGUAUAUUCAACGUUCUUCAGCUCGUUGCAGUAUGCGCUUGCUUCCUCAUUAUCGACAAGGUCGGACGUCGCCCGCUCGCCAUCCUUGGUGGCAUUGGCGGCGGCACCGCCUGGGGCAUCAUGGCGAUUCUUACUGGCAUCUACUCCAAGGACUGGGCCGCUAACCCGUCUGCGGGCUGGGGUGCGGUGGCCAUGGCCUUCAUCUUUGUGAUACUCUACGGAAUUUCCUACUCACCUCUUGGCUGGGCUCUUCCUGCGGAAGUCUACCCCAACUCCCACCGAUCCAAGGGUGUAGCUGCCGGUACGGCGACUGUAUGGCUCUGCAAUUUCAUUGUCGGCGUCGCUACCCCGCCUAUGCUUGACAAGCUCGGCUUUGGCACUUACAUCUUCUUCGGCGCCUGGUGCUUCGUCGCUUCCGUAUGGGCUUUCUUCUUAGUCCCAGAGACGAAGGGCAAGACCCUGGAACAGAUGGACGAAGUCUUCAAAGAUACCACUGCGCAAGAGGAGAAGGAGAUCAUCAAGCAGCAGAUCCUUGCCCAGCGUGGGCAACAACCGCAGGGCGGUGCUGCUAUGGAGAGCACCAAGUUCUCCGUCUGA